AUGGAGUUCUUCAUAAUCUUGUCAACCACCAGAAGAAAGAGAGAGGGGGAGAGUAAGCAGUCUUAUCUGGCUCCCGUCCUCAAUUGGAAUUCAUCUGUCAGAUGUCCUUCAUUCACGACUUUGCAAUGUAGUCCGUCGUAUGAAUUCCGUAUGAUGAUGACGAUCUUCUCAAAUACUCACUCCAUAAUGUCGAAGAGGAUUCCAUUAGGUUCUCAUGUCCAUGCUGUCAAACGCUUUCUCACAGUGAAGAAGGUUGAU